GCGAAGCCAUCGACGGAAUCAGUACCGACACCGGAACCCGAUUCCAUCAAUUCAGAGUCUCUCGGCGACACUUGGGCUGUCUGUAUGCUGUCUGUGUGCCUGCUCUACCUUCGAUCUCCAGGAUGCUACACUGCCGCCUCGUGACCUGUACGUUGUAGAAUUGUACACGAGCGUUUGCAGCGCAGAUACUCAAAAGGCGGCAGAUACUCGAGGGUUUUGUUAAUCUGCCCUCUUCUGUCGGAGAAUUUUCCGUUCAUCAUGUUUGGCAGAUUGUUCGGGAAGCCCAAAGAGGAGCCCUCUACCCUCUCCACGCUUGAUAAGCUCAAUGAGACCCUGGAGAUGUUGGAGAAAAAGGAGAAAGUGUUGCAAAAGAAAAUAGCUAUGGAAAUUGAGAAGGCUAAGGAGUUUACGAGCUUGAAGAAUAAGCGAGCUGCGAUUCAGUGUUUGAAGCGGAAGAAGUUGUAUGAAGUCCAAGUAGAGCAACUCGGUAACUUUCAAUUGCGUAUUCAUGACCAGAUGAUUAUGUUAGAGGGUGCUAAAGCAACCACAGAAACUGUGGAUGCCCUGCGUAGCGGUGCUUCAGCUAUGAAGGCUAUCCAGAAGGCGACAAAUAUUGACGACGUUGACAAGACCAUGGAUGAGAUCAAUGAGCAAACUGAGAACAUGAAACAGAUCCAGGAGGCACUCUCAACUCCUAUUGGGACAUCAGCUGAUAUCGACGAGGAUGAGUUAGAAGCCGAGCUCGAGGAUCUUGAAGGAGCUGAAUUAGAAGAACAAUUAAUCACUCCCUCUGUCCAGGAACUCCCACAAGCAUACCGACCUCCAGUUCCUACUCAGAAAGCCAAACCACCUCAGAACAAGGAGGAAGAAGAUGAACUUGCAGCCCUUCAAGCUGAAAUGGCGCUCUAGAGACAAAUUUUGGCCACCAAUUUCAUCUCGGAUUUGGAAUCUCAUGUUCUUCACAUUCAGUCCUUUUCCAGAUUUAUAGCAGAGAUUAGGUGUUAAGAAUUUGACAUAGUUUCUUCUUUCCAUUUGCGCCUCAUAGGAUUAGCGAUUGUAUUGAAUCUCGGUGUUGCUCUUAUCAACCCUUGUGUAUACAUUGCAGCAUCACUUUAUUAUUUUUUCGUUUCACGUAGGGAUACACCGGAUUCAGCAAUAAACUGCAUAAUGUAGUGGAUUACGAGCGUUACUACUCAACUAUUUGUACUAAUUACACAAUUUAACGAAUGUAAACCUUGUUACAAAUGCGUUAUGUA